AUGGAUGGCUUUCAUGACUACUACAAGCCUGUAGUGGCUAUGGUUGCAAUGCAGUUCGCUUAUGCAGGGCUUGCCAUCUCCACCAGAGCUGCUCUCCUUCAAGGCAUGAGCCCCAGAGUCUUUGUGUUCUACAGGCAUUGCAUAGCCACCCUGGUUCUAUUUCUUUGUAAUUUUGUGUCAUUUAAGCGUUGUUGCAGGAAAGACAGAUCAUCCUUGGGAUCAAGAAGCUUCUGUCUGAUAUUUUUGGCUUCCCUUGUGGGGGUAACGAUCAACCAGAACAUAUAUUUUGAAGGCAUAUACUUAGCUUCAUCUUCCAUGGCAAGUGCAAUGUCUAAUCUAGUCCCGGCCAUAACAUUUGUCAUUGCAUCCAUUCUUGGAUUGGAAAAAAUAAACUUCAGAAGUUUGAGAAGUGUUGCCAAGAUCGUAGGAACUGUCAUCUGUGUGGUUGGAGCUGUUUCCAUGACACUUCUGAGAGGCCCAAAGCUUCUUAACUCGGAAUUACUACCAAUAAAAUCUCUUCUCAGCUCCGGUAGUGAAAAUUGGCUUCUUGGCUCAUUCCUCCUCUUCGGAAGUUGCUGUUGCUGGUCUUUUUGGAUAAUUUUUCAGGUCCCCGUUUCUGUAAGCCAUCCGGACCACCUAUCCCUAUCGGCUUGGACGUGUUUCAUGGCGACGUUACAAUCAGGAAUCGUUGCCCUCUUCUUGGAGCCAGACCAAGCAGCUUGGAAGUUGCAUUCGUACCUUGAACUUGCUUGUUGUUUCUAUGCAGGACUUGUAGGAUCAGCUGCUGCAUUUUUCGUUCAAGCAUGGUGUAUUUCGCAAAGAGGACCUCUCUUCUGUGCCAUGUUCAGCCCUCUAUCCACGGUCACGGUGACCAUCUUUGCUGCAAUAUUUCUACACGAAGAGGUCUAUAUAGGAAGCCUGAUAAGUGCAGUUGGGGUGAUUGCUGGACUUUAUGUGGUGCUGUGGGGAAAAGCCGAGGACCUUCAAGGACUCAAAUUGGAGACCAAUCUGAAACGACAAGUUGAAGAAGCACAAGCUGUAAAAGUCAUCGUAGAUGAAUCUCUCAAGAGGACUUGCAAUGUUGAUUUGGAGGAGCCCCUUUUGUCUGAUAAAUCAAAAAAUGCCCAAGAGAAUCUGAAGCACUAA